AUAAAGAAAAAUAAACAAAACAAAACAAAAAAACCUUAUUUGACUAUCUGAUUUGGAGCGACAAGCACACGCACGCGCACAGAGAGAGAGAAAGCGGUGUAGUGAUGAUCCGGGUGUCUCCAUGUUUUGGUCCGGGUGUUAUAGUAACCGGUCGGGUUCUGAUGGUUCUGGUUCGGUUUGUGAGGAUCAGACAUUGAUGAAACAUUGAAUCUGAUAUCGUGAUGGGAUCUGAGUCACUGCACGACUGCCUACGUGGUCGAUGUCUGGGGUUUCUCAGACGGCUGGAAAUCGACGCCCGCUUUCGUUAUUACUUCCAGCACCCAUGGUCUCGUCUGGUCGUGGCCUACCUGGUCACCUUCUUCAACUUCCUAGUCUUUGCAGAGGACCCGGUGUCACACAGCCAGACAGAGGCGCACAUGAUCGUGGUGGGAAACUGCUUUUCCUUUGUAGUGAACAAAUAUCCCGGAGGAGGAUGGAAUGUCCUCAAAGUCCUCAUGUGGAUUCUUGCCAUCAUUACGGGCCUCGUCGCUGGAAAAUUCUUUUUUCAUCGACGCUUGUUUGGUCGUCUCCUGCGUCUAAAGAUGUUUCGUGAAGACCACGGCUCGUGGAUGACGAUGUUCUUCAGCACGAUUCUCUCGCUGUUCGUCUUCUCUCACAUCUACAAUCUCUUUCUGCUCAUGAACGGACGGAUGGGUGCCCAUAUGGUGACAGAAUACAUGGGGAUCAGGAAUGAGAGUUUUAUGAAGAUUGCUGCUGUGGGAACUUGGAUGGGUGAUUUUGUGACGGCGUGGAUGGUUACAGAUAUGAUGCUACAGGACACACAUUACCCUGACUGGGGCAGGACAGCGAGGCAUUACUGGAGGAAAGGCAAUAACAGGAUCGUAUUAUUCUGGACGGUUUUGAUCUCACUGACAUCUGUGGUGGUUUUAGUCAUCAGUACCGACUGGAUCAGAUGGGAUAAUCUGAACCGAGGGUUCCUGCCCAGUGAUGAGGUCUCCAGAGCGUUUUUGGCUUCAUUUAUUCUGGUCUUUGACCUUCUCAUCAUCAUGCAGGACUGGGAGUUUCCUCACUUCAUGGGCGAUUUAGACAUGAACCUUCCGGGCCUUUCCACCACCCAGCUGAAGAUCAAACUGCCGGUGUGCAAGCGGAUCUUUAAGGAGGAAUAUCACAUUCACAUCACAGGGAAAUGGUUUAAUUAUGGAAUCAUCUUUCUGGUCCUCAUCCUUGACCUCAACAUGUGGAAGAACCAGAUCUUCUAUAAGCCCUAUGAAUAUGGGCAGUACGUCGGUCCGGGUGAGAAGAUCUACACCGUCGAAGACCCAGACACCCUACGAGACUUCAACCGCAGCACGCUGACCUGGCAGUGGCGCUCCGAAAACACAGAUCCACGCACCAACCGGACAUACGUCCAGAGGGAUAUGUUCCUGCACAGCCGGUACGUGGGCGCCAGUCUGGACGUCAAAUGUCUGGCGUUCGUUCCGAGCCUGGCGGCGUUCGUUCUCUUCGGGUUCUUCAUCUGGCUAUUCGGCCGUUUCCAAGAAUGCGAGACUUUCCCAGAGAACCAGGACAAGACCUACGAGCGCAUCAAGAGAAAGUCACCGUCCGAUCUGGGAGUGACGCCAGAGGACGCUCACAUUACCAUGAGCGAGGCGUUAAAGAGGACGGGAACGCCCAUGCUUCUCUUGGUGGACACUCAUCACUUCGGCUCAUCGGAUAACUCCAUGUCACCGUGUUCGAAUGAAACCCAAGAGACUCAGCCUAAUGUAGCCGCAGACGGAUCUGCUCCUGAUGAUGUCAAAAAAUUAACCCUGUGACUGUAGCCAAUGUGUCGCAUGGUAGGUUUUUUGGUGUUCAUCCAAUUCUCCUCCAAACUAUGUUGUUGAUUGACUUUUGGGAUCUUUAUGAACUGCACUUAAACUAAUGAACAUUUCUAUAUUUUUAUACCAAGCUUUUCAAAGGUCCCAUAUGUGGCACCAAUAUUUUAAACUUUUCCACCUUCCUCAAAGAGGAUCCACGGUGCUGGACGUUUGCUGUUUGUCUUUCUAUGUAGAUAUUCUGGUGCCUAUAAUAUAUCAAACUGUACUGAGCGCUUGGCAUGACGUCAUGUACUGUUAUGUUACUCUUAAGUACUAAAGCUGUGCCUUCAAUAGAUAAACAUACUGCUUAUGGCCGCUACAGUAAGUUUCACAAAUGUAUGAACUGUGUGGGUGCGUAUAUAAGUGAAGAAACCUGUAAUUAACCAAUAUAAUGCAGAGAUGAUGAUGAUGAUGGUAUCAAUUGCCUGUGAAUCAGACUGAUACUGUGUUUAAAUCUUUUAGUGCAUAUAUAUAUAAAUAUAUAUGAACGAGCAUGAGAUGUUCAUCUGUUCAGCCAUUUCAAAAAUGUAUUUUAUAAGUUAUUCACUUAUUACUAUGAAUACAUACACUAAUGUCUCCAGUUAUCAGAUUGUGGAUGAUUUAUAUGCGUGUUUUUAUAUGCAUGUACUGAACUGAAUAGAAAUGAUUUGGGUUAUUCUGUAGCUACUGGAAAAUCAUGAAAUUAUUUCUUAAAGUUGUUUCUGUUUUCUCUUUUUAAAUCUUUAGUUGGUAAAUAUCAACCCAUCAUGUGUCUGAUAUCAAUAAAUAACUCCCGGUCUAAA